AUGUCGGCCACCACACGACGAGACGACCCCUUCAAGCCAGCCAAGAGAGUCGCCGGCCAGAAGCAGGAUGUCUGGUCCAUUGUCAACGAAGCCGCCGCCGCCUCGCCCGUCCAGCCCAUCGUCAACAUGGGCCAGGGCUUCUUCGGCUACAACCCGCCCAAGUUCGUCCUCGACGCCGCCAAAUCCGCCCUCGACCAGGUAGACUGCAACCAGUACUCGCCCACCAAAGGCCGUCCGCGGCUGAAGAAAGCCAUCGCCGACGCCUACUCGCCCUUCUUCGGCCGCACCAUCGACCCCGAAACCGAAGUCACCAUCACGACAGGCGCAAACGAGGGCAUGCUCAGCGCCUUCAUGGGCUUCCUCGAGCCCGGCGACGAAGUCAUAGUCUUCGAGCCCUUCUUCGACCAGUACAUCUCCAACAUCGAGAUGCCCGGUGGGAAAGUCGUCUACGUGCCCAUGCACCCGCCCAAAGACGGCGCAACCAAGACCACCUCAGCAGGCGAAUGGAGCGUCGACAUGGCCGAGCUCGAAGCAGCCAUCACGCCCAACACGCGCAUGAUCGUGCUCAACUCACCCCACAACCCCAUCGGCAAGGUCUUCUCCGAGCCAGAACUCCAAGCCAUCGGCGCUCUAUGCGUCAAGCACAACAUCAUCAUCCUCUCCGACGAAGUCUACGACCGCCUCUACUACGUCCCCUUCACCCGCAUCGCCACCCUGUCCCCAGACAUCGCCCGCCUAACCCUCACCGUCGGCUCCGGCGGAAAAGUCUUCUACGCCACAGGCUGGCGCGUAGGCUGGCUCAUCGGGCCCCCGCACCUGAUCAAAUACGUCAGCGCGGCACACACACGCAUCUGCUACAGCAGCGUAUCCCCGCUGCAAGAAGCAACAGCCAUCGGUUUCGAGCAGGCCGACUCACACAACUUCUGGGCCGACUCGAAGCGCGACAUGAAAGCCAAAAUGGACAAAUUCACCGCUGUCUUCGACGAGUUGCACUUACCUUACUCCGACCCUGAGGGUGGGUAUUUCGUCCUCGUCAAUAUGGCGAAAGUCCAGAUUCCAGAUGAGUAUGAGUUUCCAACACAUGUUAUGGAGCGCCCGAGGGAUUUCAAACUUAGCUGGUUUUUGAUCAAGGAGUUGGGCGUUGCGGCGAUUCCGCCAACGGAGUUUUUUACCCCUGAGAAUGCGCAUAUUGUGCAGGAUUGGUUGAGGUUUGCGGUUUGUAAGGAUGAUGGUGUGCUGGAGACGGCUAUGGAGCGGUUGAGGGGGUUGAGGAAGUAUAUUCAAGAAUGA